AAGAAAGAAAGAGAGCGAGUGAGAAGGACGCCUCACUGGCCGGACGAUCCGCCGAGCAAGACAGUCUCUAGUUGGCGACGAUUCGAGCUAGAUUUAUUUAUCAUCCCGCGCGCUCAGAGAGACUCACCAGAACCCGAGGCAUAGUUAGAGUUUGAGGAAAAAGUAGUCAUUCAAAAUUUCCGCAGACAUUCACUGUGUAGUCAAAGUUAUAUGCCUGGAUCGUGUAUAAGUGCUACGAGGAAAGUCAGUGUGAUGAGGAAAAUAAGACAAGAGUGACUCACUCAAAGAGCCACGAGAAAGAAUAUUGUCUUGUGCCUUUGUGUUCUAAAUGCGUGGAAUUUCUCUCUUUCAUGUUAAAUAUUUCAUUUUAAUUUGCAAAUGAAAGGAAAAGAGAGAAAUUUGCUGCUGCACUCUCAAUUCUUUACCAAUAUUAAUCAUUUCUUUUUUUUUCAAUAUCCAAGAAAAGACACAAUGUUGCCAUAAGAGAUAAAUAAAUGUGCAAAAGUUAGUCUGCGAUCGACCAAGAGAGUUAGUUGAUCCGGAGAAAUGUGCAGAAAGACAUAAAAUUUUGUAAUUGUAUUGGGGUGGAAGAACAAAGUGCUAAACUAGUGAUAAUCAAUCUGCCAGUCAAAAUAGAAGAAAAAAAAACAGUAUAAGAAGAGACGAGAGUCGUCUUGCAAUAUGUUCCGCUUCUCAAAAGCAGAAAGACGGCCACUCGGGCAGAAGGAAUCAAAACCAAACUGUAAUUCGUUAAUUUUAGACAACACACGAUGGGAGAAAAGACUUCAGAAGGAGCUUAUGUCACUCAUCAAGGAGCCACCACCGGGUGUUCGAGUAGAUCCUGAAAGUAUCAGUCAAAAUCUGUCACAGUGGAUUAUUCACAUGCAAGGAGUCGAAGGAACACUCUACGAGGGUGAACACUUCGAGCUCCUUUUCAAAUUUAACAACAAAUACCCUUUCGACUCCCCAGAGGUGACUUUUGUAGGUUCAAAUAUUCCAAUUCAUCCACAUGUGUACUCCAACGGCCACAUUUGCUUAUCAAUUCUCACUGACGACUGGUCACCAGCCCUUUCGGUGCAGUCUGUAUGCUUAAGCAUUUCGUCCAUGCUGAGUAGCUGCCAAGAGAAGAAGCGUCCACCGGACAAUACGCUUUAUGUAAAGACAUGCAAUAAGAAUCCUAAGAAGACUAAAUGGUGGUAUCACGAUGAUUCGGUGUAAUUCGAGAUAUUCCAGAAUCAAAAAUGUAAAUGUUAAUAAAAACAAUGAUGUGAGUGUUAAGAGACGAAAACAAAAUAUAAAUGUAGAAGCAAAUCGGUGUCGAAAAGGCAAUGUGUGUACAAUAAGGGUAAAAUAAGAGAAUGGAAAUGAGUAAAAGGCGAACGCAAAUCUACUUAGGGGAAGUGCUUAUAAUUUUGGACAGUCUGCUUAUAAGCAUCGAAGUUCCAAGUUUGAAGUACGAUAUUUUCUAUACUAAUUGACAUUUCUUGUUACUCUCUUUUCAGAAGGGUUGUUUAGAAAUUUAGCAAGCUAUUUAUCGUCUUAUUUUUAUUAAAAUUAGUUUUAAUACGUUUAAAAAUGAAUUGAUAUGUAGAGGUGACUUUGGCUCUUAUUUUGGACAACUUGUUUAUUAAUUUGUCCAACUUGGCUGUAAAUUUGGACAGCUAAUCCGCCUCAAUAGGAUGCCCAUUGUUCUUCAUUUGAUGAACCAAUCUUACCAAGUCCUCUUCCUGUUCAUGUAAGGGAAACGUAGAAUAUCACAGAAGCCCGGAAACUUUCCAUAUCAUUCAUUAAAGUGAGUUGACUUCGAUACUCCAAGUACGUGCAGAUUCGCUCAUUCCUUGACCUUUCCGGGAGCCUUUCAAGACAUUUCUCGCUACAUCUCUUUCGUAGAGAUGAUGCUCCUUUGUUUCUCCAGGCAUUUGUCCAACCUAGUCAUCACAAAAGCUAAAACUUCACGAAAUUUCGUGAGAAAAACACCUGUCCAAAAUAAGAAUCAUCACCUCACUGGUGAAUGUCUUAAAAAUUUUCCCAUUUUUCACACGAAAAAUAUAAUUCACAAGGCAAAUCUCACUUCAGGUCAAAUGUACAAAUCAUCAGUAACGUGAAUCAACACAAUAUUCAAUGAAUAUUCAAUAAUAUCACUCAAAAACAGCGAACAAACUUUGUUAGUACUUCACCAAAACUAAAUAAGACUGAAGUAAGCCACGAAGUUCUGUCAUAUUUCUCGUAAGCAAUUGCUCACACUGAAUUUUCAACAAAGCAAUUUCAACUCAAAUCAUAUUCAAAAUUUAACGUAUUUAGUGUCAAAAUCUUCCAAAAAGAACAAAUAUUUAGAUAGAAUUCAUUUUUCAUCAAAUAUUGGAAUAAAAAUCCAUCAUUUUAAUCAAUUUAUUUUUAGUGUCCAAUUUUACCCUCAAAGUGUCCAAAUUUAGAAACUGUCCAAAAUUAUGAGCACUUACCCUAUAGUGGAAAAAAAUACCUUAUGUGAAGUGUAAAAAUCGAAGAUUUGCAUUAAAUUAAUUUCAGUUAAAUGAACUACUUAUAAAAAAUAAGAAAAACUUGGAAUAUUGGCACAUUUUAAUGAGCAAUUUAAUAUGCACUUCUUCGAUUUUUUUUUCACUGAUAAAUUGAUUGAUAAUAGCAAAAAUUAAAUUAUUUAAUUUUUUCUUCACAUAAAAAAUCACUGAUGAAAUAUUCUAUUAUUAUGAAACACCUCUUUCUCAACAAUUUUAUUCGUAUAUUGAGGAAAAUUGUCAGAAAUUAUUUCUGAAUUGACAAAAAAAUCGAUUGAUGAAUCAUUUGGUACUUAGUAUUGGAUAAAAAAAAGUAUGAAAUGACACAAAAAAAAUAUUAUGGGUAAUAAGAGAAUUAUUUGAUAAGACGAUUUUUUUUAAUUGGAAUAAAUUGUUGAAAGCACACAAUUUAAUGUAAAUAAACUCUUAAUUUUUCAAGUCACUUUAUCACAUUCCAUGAUCGAGAAUUUUAUUCCCCACCCGCAUUUUUUUAUUUCCUUUUUCCCCCUUCAGUGUCAUUAAUAUAAAUUAAUAAAAUUGUCGUAUCCAUCAGCAAAUGUCGUGUAAUCUGUGAAUUUCCGUAUUAUUAUACGAUACUUGCUGAUGGAAGCGACGUAUUAUGGAUAUUUAAUGUAAUUGAUAAAAUAAAAGAAUUGUGAGAUGAAGACGAAUGAAGAGUUCAGAAGAUGUCCAAUAAAAAGUUUAAAAAAUAAA